CCUGUUCGCUCUUUUCCAAGUUACCCUGGUAGUAUCAGUCUUCCGUCAGCUCUAGAAGAGCAUCAAUGGCGUUGAGACUGGCGACCGUAAAACGCGCUGCGGUUAACUCGGGGUGUGUAUUGGGAUGCCGAAGCUUGAGCCACGUGGCCGCAAUGCCACCUCCCAUGGCCGGCGGCGCCGUCGAUCGUCCCGUCGCGCCGCCGCCGUUGGUUUUGCCGGAGUUCCAUCAGGAUCAAUCGGGUUCUGUUGACGAAAAGGGUAUCGGAUUUGGGUUCUCUUUUGGUGGAUCCAUGGAGCUCAUGGCUGUGCCCAAAAAGAAGGUUUCUCGGCACAAGAGAGGAAUAAGAAACGGACCAAAGGCUCUUAAACCUACUCCAGUGAUCAUUCGCUGCAGGGGUUGCGGGCGAGUGAAGCUUCCGCAUUUCUACUGCUGCAGCGGUGACAGGGGAGGCUCUGAUGGCCAAAACAAUGUGGGAAACUGAUCAAAGCCUUUUCAUAUGAUUCAUCCUUUAUUAGUUCCAAAGAGAUAAAAAAGCUUCUUGCUAUCCAUAUACCAGACUUUGUUUUUUUUUAAUGCUUUUGAUUUUCUCACCAUCAUAUAAAUACUUUCACUUUUAGCAAUUCUCUUUGAUGCAAAA